GCACGCGCUCCAGCCUAAAUGAUGUCCCUGACGGCCUUUUCAAUGGCUGUGGGUGUCAACAUUCACCGGCCACUAGCGGAGCGCUGAGGCGGCCCCUCCUCCGCCGCUGUUCGGCUCGGCGGCUCACACAAGCGGACUUGACGCGUGGUGUGCGCGGUGCUGCUAGCAUCUCCGCCCGCCCGGGAACUUGUGUCGGAUGAUUCAAGAUGGACUGAGGAGCCGCUAGUGGGCCAAGUGCGGACACCCGGUGGGAGAAGACUACUUUUUUUGCUUCAUUUUUUUUUUAAAUAUUUGGGGUGGUGUGGGGUGGGGGGGGGGUACAACCUCUUGUUGCGAGGCACCUUUUCGAGGGGUCGACUCCCCCACCAUGGAAGAGGAAGACGGGCAUCUGGAGAACGCGGUCCACGCCGUCAAGGAAUCGGACCGACAGCAACGACUCAGGCUGUGCGUCCUCAACGAAAUGGUGAACACAGAACGGGAUUACGUGCGGACUUUGCUGUUCCUUCAGUCGGCAUUUUUGCACAGAAUCAGUCAAACUGCAGAUGACCAACAAUGUCUCUCACCUGAACACGUCAAGAUUCUGUUUUCCAACAUUGAGGACAUCCUGGAAUUGCACAAAGAGGUGUUGUACUCUGUGGAGGCCAUCCUGCAGCCUGAACCCCAGCCUCAUCAUGCACUGGGACACGUGUUUCUCCAGUUUAGGGAGAGUUUCUCAGUAUACGGCGAGUACUGCAGCAACCACGAGAAGGCUUUGCGACUCCUCAUGGAGCUAAACAAGAUCCCCCACAUCAGGACGUUCCUCCUGCACUGUAUGCUUCUGGGCGGGAAGAAGAGCACAGAUAUUCCCUUGGAGGGCUACCUUCUCACUCCCAUCCAGAGGAUCUGCAAGUACCCUCUGCUACUCAAGGAGUUACUGAAGCGGACCCCCAAGAAGCAUGCUGACUAUCCUGCUGUAGAGGAGGCUCUGCAGGCCAUGAAAGCUGUCUGCUCCAACAUCAAUGAGACGAAGCGGCAGAUGGAGAAACUGGAGGCCCUGGAACAGCUGCAGUCUCACAUUGAAGGCUGGGAGGGGACUAACUUGACGGACAUCUGCACAGAGUUGCUGCUUCAUGGAAAUCUCCUCAAGAUCUCAGCGGGCAAUAUUCAAGAGCGAGUCUUCUUCCUGUUUGAUAAUCUUUUGGUCUACUGUAAGAGGAAGUCCAGGGUUUCUGGAAAAAAGUCCACCAAGAGGACCAAGUCUAUCAACGGCCCUCUCUAUGUGUUCAGGGGCAGAAUCAACACGGAGGUGAUGGAGGUGGAAAACGUGGAAGAUGGAACAGCGGAUUAUCACAGCAACAACUACACAGUGACCAAUGGCUGGAAGAUCCACAACACAGCUAAAAACAAGUGGUUUGUCUGUAUGGCCAAAACAUCUGAGGAUAAGCAGAAGUGGCUGGAUGCCAUCUUGAGGGAGCGGGAGCAGAGAGAGAGUCUCAAGCUUGGAAUGGAGCGGGAUGCCUACGUGAUGAUCGCCGAGAAAGGAGAGAAGCUCUAUCACAUGAUGAUGACCAAGAGCCGGCACCUCAUCAAGGACAGACGCAGGAAGCUCAGCAUUGUGCCCAAGUGCUUCAUGGGAAACGAGUUUGUAUCGUGGCUGAUUGAAAGCGGCGAGAUCAGUAAACCCGACGAAGGGGUCAACUUAGGACAAGCCUUGCUGGAAAACGGAAUCAUUCACCACGUGUCAGACAAGCAUCAGUUCAAAAACGAGCAGGUUUUGUACCGUUUCCGCUACGACGACGGCACCUACAAGGCUCGCAGCGAGAUGGAGGAUAUCAUGUCUAAGGGCGUCAGGUUGUACUGCCGCCUUCACAGCCUCCACACGCCCGUCAUCAAGGACAGAGACCAUCAUUUGAAAACUUUUAAAUCAGUGGUGCCUGCUUGCAAACUCGUGGAUUGGCUCCUCUCACAGGGUGACUGCUCAACACGAGAGGAUGCAGUGAUGCUGGGCGUGGGUCUCUGCAACAACGGCUUCUUGCAUCACGUUUUGGAGAAGAGCGAGUUCAAAGACGAGUCUCAGUUCUUCCGCUUCUAUGCAGACGAGGAGACGGAAGGAACGAGCUCAAAGAGCAAACAGCUCCAGCGGAACGACUUCAAGCUCAUCGAGAACAUCUUGGUCAAGUCUAUGGUGAUUCACCCCGAGGAGGAGGAUUACGGCUUUGAGAUUGAGGAGAAAAACAAGGCCAUUGUGGUGAAGUCUGUCACCAGAGGCUCACACGCGGAGAUGGCAGGUCUGCAGGUGGGCAGGAAGAUCCACACCAUCAACGAGGACCUGUUGUUCCUCAGGCCUUUCUCCGAGGUGGAAGCCAUGAUCAACCAGGCCUUCUGCGCACGACGCUCCCUGCGGCUGCUCGUCGCCACCAAGGCCAAGGAGAUUGUGAAGGUCCCUGACAACCCAGACAGCCUUUCCUUUAGACUAUGCGGCUCCGCCCCCCCUCAUGUCCACGCUGUAAGGAAAGGCUGGGAGGCGGCAGGGGCGGGGCUUCAUCCCGGUCAGGUCAUCCUGAAAGUCAACGGCAACAACGUCAACCGUAGCGACUACCAAGAGGUUCUGGAGCACUUUAGCGCGCAGCAGGCAAACCUCGAGCUUCCCCAUGUGUGUCAGUGGGUGUACCGUGCUUUUGAGGAUGUGGAAGAGCUUCAAAGCCAGCGAGCUUCAGCUGAAAAGAAAGAAAGCCCAUUCAGGCCUUACCCUGUCGAAAAUGGCUCUGGCCACAGUGAGGAAAAUGGCACCAAUGGAACAGAUUAUAGACUGGGAAGCCUUUCCGUGUCAGAUGACACACCGCUGGUCAGUUUGACCGUGGAUAAUGUCCACCUGGAGCAUGGGGUGCUCUAUGAAUACGUCAGCACUGCCGGGAUCAAGAGCCACGUCCUGGAAAAGAUAAUGGAGCCUAAAGGCUGCUUUAGCCUCACUGCUAAGAUUCUUGAGGCCUUUUCUAGUGAUGACGGGCAGUUUGUAAGUAACUGCAGCCAGCUCAUCUCCCGGAGCGACAGAGUGGUCACAAUGCCGCAGUAUGAGUUCAGGCACAUCUGCGACACCAAGCUGGAGAGCAUCCGAUGGCGCAUCAACAGCUACCAGCAGUUUUCCUCGGAACUUCGAAACACGGCCUGGCCCACCUUCAGGCAAGCGAGCAGCCGAACGCACCCGCUGAGCUGCACGGACUUUGUUCCUACCAACUUCCACGUCAACCUGAUGCAGGUUUCCUACCCCAAAAGUGCUACCUCCGCCGGCAGGACUUUUAGUAUCCGCUUUGGACGGAAGAACUCGCUGUUCGGUCUCGACCCGGAUCAAGCUCAACUGAACCCCAUGUCACACACCCAGCAUUGUGUGAGCAGCAUGGGCGCUCCUUCUUGGAACUCUUUGGGCCUGGACGGGGAAGACGGAGAGGAGUCCUUGAAUGGAGGCGAAAGUUUGAUGGACAGCCGAGGUUACGGCGAAGGCGGCUUGAGCUUUUUGCUCAAGCAGGAGGACAUGGAGACGCAGGACGCUUACCUUCACUUGUACAGCCGCCUGGAUGUUGCUGUUCGAGAAAUGAAGCAAUAUGUGGCUCAAAUAGACGUUCUUUUGUCAUCCAUCACCGAGCCCACACAGAUCCCGACAGGUGGGGGGGAGGCUCCCGUCUAUGGGACAGGCCAGCCCCCUUCUUUGGGCCCCUGUGAGGACAGCUGCGACCAGGACAAAGUGGAGCAAGGUGGCAUUAAACGGGUUUGCUUCAAGGUGAACGAGGACGACCAGGAGGACUCGGGUCAUGACACAAUGAGCUACAGAGACUCCUACAGUGAAUGCAACAGCAACCGAGAUUCUGUCCUGUCCUACACAAGUGUGAGGAGUAACAGCUCUUACCUGGGAAGUGACGAAAUGGGAUCAGGGGAUGAGCUACCUUGCGACAUGAGGAUCCCCUCAGACAAACAGGACAAGCUCCACGGCUGUCUUGAGCAUCUUUUCAACCAGGUUGACUCCAUCACCUGCCUCCUCAAAGGAAGUGUCAUGACCAAGGCUUGUGAGGAGACCAAGCACUUUUACUCCGACCACAGCCAACCAGAGUUUCGCCAGACAGAAGACUGGACGGUUCGUUAUCGUAAUGUCAUCCACAAGAAAAUCCAGGAGGACCCUUGGAACCUUCCCAGCUCUAUUAAAACGCUGGUGGAGAGCCUGCAGAGAUUUGUGGAUGAUGGAAAGAAUCAGCUUCUCUUGGCCCUGCUUAAAUGCACAGACACAUCUCUGCAGCUUCGACGCGAUGUCAUCUUCUGCCAGGCCGCCACGGCUGCCGUCUGCACGCUGGCCGAGCAGCUGCUGGCCGCGUUACGAUGCCGGUUCAACAACGCCGGCGAGUACCAGGAGGACAGCAAGGAGACCAGCCGUAAAUGGCUGGAGCAAAUAUCUGCCAUCGGCGUGCUGCUGCACUUGCAGUCCUCGCUCGCGCCGCAUGUGAAAGAGGAGCGGACCAUGCUAGAAGACACCAAGGCGGCUCUGUCAGACUUGGACAAAGUCACAGUGUUCUUCAGGCAACUGGACGAUGAAUGUCUCAUUGCAAACUCACCCGUGCGCUACCAGGUGGAGGGCAGCCGACAGGCCCUGAAGGUGACGCUCUACCUGGAUAGCAGGCACUUCAGUGAGCUACCCGGUCGGCUACAAAACGGAGGCAACCUCAAACUCCACACUGUGCUCUUCACCAGAGCACUGGAGCGCCCGGAGGCCGUGUCCCAGCAGGACUACAUCGCCAUGGAGGAGUUGCAGCAGCGCACCAAUGCGGUCUCUUUGGAGAAGGUCAAGGCCUACUACCGCAAACUCAGGGCCUUCUAUUUGGAGAAGUCAAAUCUGCCCACAGACUCAAACACCACCGCUAUGAAGAUUGAUCAGCUACUACGACCGCUCAACACGUUGGACGACCUUUGUCGACUGAUGCAGUCUUACGUCAACGCGCGCCCCGGUGCCCACGGCCACCCUUCGGGAGUCAGCCUGCUGUGCGUGUCCUCCGAGCUGUGCAAUCGCCUCGGAGCCUGCCACAUCACCAUGUGCGCCACGGGCAUGCAGAGAAGUACCCUCAGUGUGACACUGGAACAGGCGAUGAUCCUUGCGAGGAACCACGGCCUCAUGCCACGAUGCAUCAUGCAGACCAUGGACAUUAUGCGCAAACAGGGGGCCAGAGUUGAGCUCUCAGCUAAAAAUCUCAAGGUGAUGGACCAGAUGCCACCUUCAGCACCAAGACUCUUCAAGCUAUGUUUGCCGCCCUCAGAUGGAGAACUAUAAAAACAAAACGUAGAACUCGGAGAGAACUUGCAAAUGUGGGCGAGGCAGAUAUGAAACAAUCAAGUGUCUCACCACUUUUCCGCCAAAAGGACACCGCUUAUGGACAGAGCCUCAUUCCCUACAGUGCUUCGCUGUCAUGGAUUCCACCAAUAUGAAUCUUAACUUGACUGACGAGAUCGGAAAUAUCUGGCUUCGCCUUUCGAGACCAAUGCGACCUGAAGUUCCAAGAUUUACCCGGGAGAGUUUUAUUGGGAAGUGGCCCCCUAUCCGCUUGAGCUGUGUGUCAGCACGGAUCUCACAAUAACUGGAUUAACCAAACUAGCUGUAGCUACCAUCUGAAACUCAAGAGGUUGUCCUUUUUUGUCUCGGACUGCAACUCCAGAGGUCUGUCUCUUUUAUUAAGAUUGGUGUUCCACAGGGCUCAGUGUUUGAACCCCAACUGAACAGUAGUCAUGUAUGAUUGCUUGCUAGGUAGAAGCAGAAAGUCAUGGCAGGGGGACGGAAUGUAUGGAAUUUAGGGGCGGAGCGAACACAGUGCAUGUGGUUACUGUGCAAUUACUGUAGGCUUAGUGUGAGUACUGUAUUGCGGCACUAUAUGAAGGAUAGUUAUUUAUUGUGUCCGAAAAGGAGCAUUUUUGUUGUUUGUUUUGUUUUUUUAAUCCCUGACUCAUACCAUACCAGGUUUUAAAGAAUUUACUAGCAUUCCGGCUGGCGUAUUGAACAGUAUUUAAAGGACCAAUGAAACUGCCAACUCUGCUAGUUUAGGGUGAUCUAUUUAUGUGGGAUUUUGACAGGAGGUCUUGCAUUCAUAUUCAGGGAUUCUAAGGGAGGGAAAUUGACCAUAAUCAGGACAAACAUGGCAAAACGACACAAUGUUUUAUCCAGUCGACAGAUAUUUAAUCAUUGAUAAAUUAUUAAUAUAUUCAUAAAAAAUGUACUACCUGAAGAAGGGUUACCUUCUGAUGCUGAUGUUUAUUUUCACAUUUUGAAUGGUCAUAAGACUGUAGGUAUUAAUAUAGACUCAGUGAGGGCACGUGACAGUGUUAGCAAAAAAAUUACUGUAAGAGUUGUUAGGUGGCGCUAAACAAAAAGGGAUCGUCGUAACAUUUCUUUGUACAAACAAAUUGUAACAACGAUGAGUGCAAAUGUUAGCACAUAUCUUAAUGCAGACGAAUAACGACGUACGUUGAAUUUGAUCAUUUUUAUGUCUAAAAUACGGUAUGUCAAAGCUGUGCGUUUAUUUAAAAAAAAAAAAAAAAAAAAAAAAAAAAAGUCGACACUUUGUCCACGACGAGUUUGUAACCUCACCGAUCAGUGUUCUUCUGGCUAUGAAAAAGGUUUGAAUUGCAUUUCAACAGUCUUGACAUGCUGCAUUCAUUAGACGGAUGGCUUCUUCUACACAAACUAUUUAUUCAUUAUUAAAAAGAAACCAGGACCCAAACCACAUCCGAUCCGGUCUCACCGCAGGCAACACGCAGGUCCUUAAUUGCAGCGUCAGUUCAUCUUCAAUCUAAAUUAUUGGUUUAUCAAUGCUAGUGACUGCAGCAUGUUGAAUAAACAAGCAUGUCAUUGAUGACACAUUCAUUGUAUUUAGAUUAUUCUAAUGUUUCUUACUGUGUAUAUAUAUAUGGUAUUUGCAAUUUUAUCUUGCUUGAAAAUAACUGUACAAAGGAUAUUUGUUUCUAAAAUUGUCACUGUAAAUUCAAUCUUAACAAGCUAGUAAAUAAAAUGUUCCAAGUAUGACA